CCCCCCCCACACAGGCUCCCCUUUACCUGCACAAUUGCUCGCGUGAAUUCACAAGCAGCUAAUUCCGUUUCUGGCGGCCAGAUCAACAAACGGCAGGAGAGAAAUAAUUGCAGCUCAAUCUUCUCGGGAAUCCUUCGACUGAAAAACGUCCACCGUCGCACGAAAUUCAACAAGGCGUCGCAGGCAGCCGUCAGUUGCGGGGGACCCCACGGGCUCACACACGCACGUGGAGUAUGCUCGCUCGGGAACCCGGCGCGGGCCUUCAGGGACAGCGAUGAGUGGCAAAGGCCAGUGGACCAACAACCCCCGCAAAGCCUUCGAGCUCUGCAACAUGAACUGACCAGGCAACCGACCCCGACCAGAUCCUCAUCCUGAAUCGAAGACAAAAGUAAUGCCUUUUGAGCGAGAGAUGAACGAGCCUAGAACUGUCGAGAGGAAUCGCAAUGCAACUGCAGGGAUGAGGCUAGUAUCUCGCUGGAUCUUACUGCCAACUAGUAAAGCGCGCCACUGUAAGGAAAGGCAGGGUCACUUUUGACAACUUGACAUUGAAUCCAUCAAUGCCGACAAAUGGAAACACAACUGCACUUUAAGGGACGAUCGAUAAAAAAUUCUGUCAAUAAAUAACCACUGAGGCUUUGACGUCUGAGAAGAAGCGGUUUUGAUUAUGGAAGCUCGCCUCGUGUCACGGCUAUUACUGUUUUCUAAUGAAACUAAAAUGAAUGAUUCCAACUACUGCAAUGAAACCGGCAACUGUGGCCACAUCAUUGAAAACCAAAGUGACGGGCAAUUUUAUAUUAUCAACCUCUUUCUAUCGUGUUUAUAUACAAUUUUUCUAUUCCCCAUUGGCUUCAUUGGGAACGGCCUGAUCUUGGUGGUCAACCUGAACCACCAUAUGAAGAUGACCAUCCCCGACCUGUACUUUGUCAACCUGGCCGUGGCAGAUCUCAUCCUGGUGGCCGACUCCCUCAUCGAGGUCUUCAACCUGAACGACAAGUACUACGACAUCGCCAUCCUGUGCACCUUCAUGUCUCUCUUCCUGCAGAUCAACAUGUACAGCAGCAUCUUCUUCCUCACCUGGAUGAGCUUCGACCGUUACCUCGCCCUGGCACAGUCCAUGAAGACCACCACGCUGCGGACCCUCCAGCACGCCAAGUGGAGCUGCGUGUUGAUCUGGCUGGCGUCCAUCAUUGCCGCGCUGCUGCCCUUCGCCGUGGUGCAAGCCCACCACACCGGCGAGGUUCACUUCUGCUUUGCCGACGUGACCGAGAUCCAGUGGCUGGAAGUCACCCUGGGCUUUGUCCUCCCGUUCUUCAUCAUCGGACUCUGCUACUCGCGGAUCGUCCGGAUCCUCACCACGGCUCAGAAACACAAUCGCAUUUGGCCGAGGCGCCAGAAGGCCCUUCGCAUGAUCGUAGUGGCCGUUCUGGUCUUCUUCAUAUGUUGGUUGCCAGAAAACGUCUUCAUUAGUUUCCAGCUCCUGCUGGCCACCAAGGACUCCUCGGUCUCCCUGAAGGACUGGCUGGGCCAUUACUACCCACUCACCCGGCACGUGGUCAACCUGGCUGCUUUCUCCAACAGCUGCCUCAACCCCAUCAUCUACAGCUUCCUCGGGGAGACCUUCAGAGACAAGCUCCGCUUGUACUUGAAACGCAAGGCCAGCGUCUCCACCGUGUACCGGCUCUGCAACAACACCCUCAACUGGAACAUUCCCGUCGCCACGGAGGAAUCUUUUGCAUAGCGGACUAGAUCCUCGCAAGGUAGACAAAAGUGCUGGGGAAACUCAGCAGGUGCAGCAGCGUCUAUGGAGCAAAGGAAAUGGGCAACGUUUCAGGCCGAAACCCUUCUUCAGACUAUCCUCGCAAGCACAGGCACUGAGAAAAAACCUCGACUCACAUCUGACCUUCUUUUGGCUGAGAGAUGCAUUUGGCCUGGUCGCUGAAAGUAGCAUUUCCAGAAUUAUCAAACUCAAAGAGAAUGCAAGGAAGGGCAAUAAUGGAACUCAACAUGAAAUGACCAAACUCUGUCUCUUAACAAUCAAAACUGUUUCCAUGGCUGGUGGCAAUUGCUUGCUUGGACAGCUGUAUUUAUUGCUUCAUUAUACAGAAAGUAUCAAACGGCACUUGACAAUGCGACUUACUUGAGGCUUGGUAUUUAAUGCACAAUUAUACUGAAUAAAGUUAUUAUAGUUAAUAAAAUACACCUUUUCCCAAACCGAAAGAAAUGUUAAUGUGUAGGAAGGAACUGCAGACGUUGGUUUUUACUACGAAGAUAAGACACAAAAUGCUGGAGUUACUCAGCGGGUCGUGCAGCAUCUCUGGAGGGAAAGCCCCAUCUUCAGAACUUCAGAAAGAAAUUCAGUAUGGUGUAGGAUCAUGGAAGUUUGUCACUUUUAAAACACAUUUCAGUUUAAUUACCAGUGCACAAAUUAAGAGGGUGAGUGAGGCAGCCUCUAUGGAGAGAAGAAAUAGGCGACGUUUCAGGUCGAGACCCUUCUUCAGUCUGAAGAAGGCUCUCAACCCGAAACGUCACAUAUUCCUUCUCUCUAUAGAUGCUGCCUCACCCACUGAGUUCCUCCAGCAUUUUUGUCUACCUUUAAUUUUUCCAGCAUCUCCAGUUCUUUCUUAAACAGUACACACAUUGAGGUUGGUUUAGAGUAUUUAGCUACUGAUACAAGUUUCCAAUUUAUCUUUCUGAAUAACCUAACUUGGGACAACACAAGCCGGAGGUUGUAGAAUGCAAGUGACAGACGAGUUGUCUUAUCGAUAUGACAGUGUUCAAGGCAAGUUUCUCCACAUUUGACAACGUGCCGACAGACAUUCACAUGCCAAUGUAACAUCACUUCCCAGCAAAGCAAGCACAGAUGGAAAUCAGUGGAAAUAAAACCUAUGAAGCCGCAAACUGCCUCAGGUGGAGGCAGGUUCUCUGGAUGCUAGAUAGGGCUCUUAAAGAUAGCGGAGUCAGGGGAUAUGGGGAGAAGGC